AUGGAAGCCUCCAAGCAACCCGUCAAGCUCGUCAAGGUCACCCGCGUCCUGGGCCGAACCGGUUCCCGUGGUGGUGUCACCCAGGUUCGCGUCGAAUUCAUGGAUGACCAGACCCGAAGCAUCAUCCGAAACGUCAAGGGACCAGUUCGUGAGGACGACAUUCUCUGCCUACUCGAAUCCGAACGUGAGGCCCGAAGACUGCGAUAA